CAACCAUGGCAGGCAGGACCGGAUGCUGGACAUGCCGUAUUCGGAGAAAGAAAUGCGAUGAACAACGAGAAGGAACCUCGUGUCAAACUUGCAAACGACUCAGGAUCGACUGUCUGGGGUGGGGCCCAAGAAAGCCGGACUGGAUGCGCGACAAACAAGCCAUCGAGGCUUACAAAGCUAGCAUCAAGGCGCACCUUACGCGAGAGGGCUUGAUACGUGGUCAACCUAGAUCUGCGAUAAUGCAGGCGUCAUCGUCACCAAGUUUCCAAGUAUAU